UAUGACCCAAGUCUACAUUAGUGAGGAUAAUUUAUAGCGAAGAGUUGUCCUCUUAAGUUUAGCUAAAUAACCUUAAAGUCUGACAGUUAUCUAUUGGAAAUUUGCAAUUUUAUUAAAAUAGUAAAAGACCACGGUUGCCGGUAAGUAGCUAGCGAGCUAACCGUGGAGGAGGAUAAUGAACGGAGACGCUUGCAGCGCGCUGAUGCACGAAGACGGCGGAACGGACAGUCCGAACGAAGCGGCUCUGCUCGCGCUCAUGGAGAAAACCGGCUACAGCAUGGUCCAGGAGAACGGCCAGAGGAAGUUUGGCGGACCCCCACCAGGCUGGGAGGGGCCCCCGCCCCCCCGGGGCUGUGAGGUGUUUGUGGGGAAGAUCCCCAGGGACAUGUACGAGGAUGAGCUGGUGCCGGUGUUCGAGAGAGCCGGCAGAAUCUACGAGUUCAGGCUCAUGAUGGAGUUCAGCGGAGAGAACCGGGGCUACGCUUUCGUUAUGUACACCACCAGAGAGGCAGCCCAGAGGGCCAUCCAGAUGCUGGAUAACCAUGAGAUCCGCCCGGGGAAGUUUGUGGGGGUGUGUGUGAGUCUGGACAACUGCAGGCUCUUCAUCGGCUCCAUCCCUAAGGACAAGAGGAAGGAGGACAUACUGGAGGAGAUGAGCAAGGUGACAGAGGGCGUAGUAGACGUCAUAGUGUAUCCCAGCGCUACAGACAAGACUAAGAACAGAGGCUUUGCCUUCAUAGAGUACGAGUCUCACAAGGCUGCUGCUAUGGCCCGCAGGAAGCUCAUACCAGGUACGUUCCAGCUGUGGGGCAGCACCAUCCAGGUGGACUGGGCGGAGCCUGAGCGAGACGUGGACGAGGACACCAUGCAGCAGGUGCGCGUCCUCUACGUCCGCAACCUGAUGCUGUCCACCACGGAGGACGCCCUGCGUCGCGAGUUCUCCCGGCUCCGCCCCGGCGCCGUGGAGCGCGUCAAGAAGCUCACCGACUACGCCUUCGUCCACUUCCAUUCCCGCGACGACGCCCUGGCCGCGCUGCAGCGCAUGAACGGAGCGCUGAUCGACGGAGCGGCUGUGGAGGUGACGCUGGCCAAGCCCGUCUGCCGGGAGGGGGGGAGGGGCGGGAGGAGGGGGGGAGGAGGAGACAUGGGAGGAGGGGGAGGUGGGAGUGGGGGAGGAGGGGGAGGGUUUAUGUUCCUCCCCCGAGAAGAUGGAGGGAUGGGGGGAGUCGGAGGAGGGGGAAUGGAGAACAUGCGCUCCCCCUUCCUGCUGGGGCUGUCUGCGGGGGGAGACGGGGGAGGCGUGGGGGGGGAGAGGUGUGUGUACCCCCUGGUCCCGGGCGCUCCUCUCUCCCCAGCCUCCCUGCAGAGCCUGCGGCCCGGGCAGCUGGCCUCGGCCGUCUCCCUGCUGGAGCUCUGCUGCCUCCAGAACUCCUGGAGCGCCCCAGAGUACCUGCUGCUGUCCUGCCCCGGGCCGCACCACAAGACCCUGCUCAUCUACAAGGUGGUGAUCUCCAGGAGCAGCUUCCUGCCUGAUAAGCUGUGUUCCUGUGUGGAGGACGCCAAGGAGCUGGCAGCACAGAACGCUCUCUGGAGCUUGGACUGCUCCAUCCUGAGCGGGGGUUCUCCCAGUAGCUUGUCUCCUCCUGCUGCUGGGCUGCUGUCAUACAGCUGCAGGGCCUUCCCCUGCCCCCUCUCCCCCCCGCUGCCCACCAGCCCCCUCCAGAGGAUCUACCUCCCCAACCAGCCCUCCGUCUUCUUCUGACCCCCUAGGUUUCCUGACCGAGAAACACCUGUAGAGAGGAGGAGGAAGGAGGAGAGGACGAGAG